CCUGGUGACGCUCCGGAGUCUUUAGGUUCCGGCUCCACUUCCUGUCUCCUGUCAGGUCAAAAUGUCGUUGCUGAGAGGUUUUCAGCGGUUAAAGAGUGUUUUGUGCGUACAGGUGAACCCAGGAGUCCGAAGAGUCUCAGCAGCUUCGGCUCCGGUCCAGCGCAAAGACUCGCUCGUGAAGAUGGAGAAUCCGUAUAAAAAGGCGAAGAAAGGCUGCGUCCUCUGCAACAUCCCGGUGGACUUCAAAAACACUCAGCUGCUGUCUCAGUUCGUGUCUCCGUACACCGGCAGGAUCUACGGCCGACACAUCACCGGUUUAUGUGGACGGAAACAGAAGGAAGUCAGCAAAGCCAUCAAGAAAGCUCAUUCCAUGGGUUUCAUGUCGGUGACCCACAAACAUCCACAGUUCAUGAAGGAUCCCAAAAUCUGUGUAGUCAGAAGGCUGUACUGAUGGAUCUGCGUCUGUUUCGUGUGUUUUGUGUAAUAAAGUUUCUCUGCUGUCA